UCACUCAAAAUUCCUGUCAAAUCACAACGUACAAUAAUAACACAUUUCGCAAAAUGAAAAAAGCUAAGAGUCCCGACCGACCUAAGCCGGACGUGAAACUGAGCGAAGACAGCUCGGCGAGUAGCAGCGCCCGGAUGUCCCAGGAACACGCCCGGAUCAAAAGCAAGCCGCAAUACAAAUCAUUUUUAUCUCCAUACAUCUCUGGCUCGGACGCCUCAACUUCAGUCUCAAUCACUUCUCUUUCUUCGUCAAUAUCCAGAUUCCGUACGGACUUCGAAGAGUUGAAAUGUAAAAUGCGUGUUUUCGGCGAAUCGCUCAACCUCUGCCGCUGUAUGGCCGAUGACUUCAAGAACAAACUCGCGUUCAUGGAGAAAAGACUUCAGAGCUUAGAAAAACGACACAUCUUGUGGCGGAGUGAAAGCAACUACUCGGCGAUCAUUCAGAAGAACAAGAGGUUAUCUCACAAAGCGAUGCAGGACGCGAAGAAACUGCAAAUGUGCGGCACGGAAGCGGAAAUGCGAGAAGUCGCCGCCCGAAUCUGCAGGAACUACCUGCACGGAGCGUGGAAGAGCGUGGAUCCAACUGAAUUGGAGUUUAGGAGGAUCAGCGGCGGUCUCUCGAAUUUCCUGUACUACGUGGCGCUUCCGGAAGACCCGUCGAAGCUCUGCACGUUCACGAAACGCGAAAGCUCACCGGAAACCGAACUGGAGACGGCGGCCAGUAAGCUAGUCAAGAAAUCGAUGGCCAGAUCGAAUUCUUUCAGCAUCGAAGAACCAAAGAAGGUAUUGCUCAGGAUAUACGGCCAGGUCCACGGCGAGAGGGCCAUGGACGCGAUCGUGACGGAAUCUGUCAUAUUCACUUUGCUCUCCGAGAGGAGGCUGGGCCCGAAGCUCCACGGAGUCUUCUCUGGCGGGAGGAUCGAAGAGUACAUACCGGCCAGACCUCUCUUGACCCGGGAACUAGCCGAGCCUGCCCUCUCUAUGAAGAUAGCCGAGAAGAUGGCCGCCAUACAUUCGAUGGAUAUUCCUCUGUCGAAGGAACCGAACUGGUUGUGGAAGACGAUGUGGAAGUGGCUGAAGAUCUGCAAAGACGAGAGGCUGAAUACCGUCGGGAAGAACGAAGAAGAACAGCGUAUCAUAAAGCAAUUGAAGUCGAUCGAUUUCAACAAAGAGAUUGAUUGGCUGAAGAAGUUCCUGGCUACGGUCGAGUCACCUGUCGUCUUUUGUCACAACGACAUGCAAGAAGGCAACAUUCUAAUGCUGGAGGACUCUGCCAACGCCGACGACGAAAUGACCACGAUCUUUCAAGCUUAUGACGUGGAGCACCACAAAUCGAGCAAGGAGAACUACCACCUCGACGAGAUCUCGUCCGACAGCAUCUCCAGCCACAUCUCGGACAGCGGCGAGCCGAAGCUCUUCCUCAUCGACUUCGAGUACUGCGCUUACAACCACAGGGGCUUCGACAUAGCGAACCACUUCCAGGAAUGGGCCUACGACUACACGAACGACGCGCAUCCGUUCUACCACGAGUGCCGGGACGACUGCCCGACCUUGGAGCAAAAGGAAAUAUUCAUAAAGGAGUACUUAAAACAUUAUUCGUCGAACGUCUCCGAGGAGCCACAGGAGCCGAGCAUAGAUGACGUUAAUCAUCUGUUGAACGAGGUGGAAGCGUUCGCCCUCGCCAGCCACCUGUUCUGGACGCUCUGGUCCAUUGUCAAUGCUUCCAAGAGUCAGAUACCCUUCGGAUACUGGGAAUACGCGCUGUCGAGGUUCGAAACGUACCAACGUCUCAAGAUUGAGGUCAUAAAGAAGGACAACUGCGGUCUGCCCCAGAAACGAAAAAUAUGCGAGGUCGACAUAUGAGAGGUAUCCCAACUGACUGGGGCCGUGCAGCUGUCGGAUUAAAUCGAUAGAUGGCGUUGUUACAUAAAAAGUUCGGACUGAUGUCACCAUACCCAACUAGGUGGCGGUGUUUUUAAGAGAAUGGGCGGAGUUGCAAAGACUGAUCGUUAUAUGGCGGUUAAAAAGUGAUGUGAGUUUUAAGUGAACAAUAGGUGGCGCUGUUUUAAUUUUUUUCAAUACAAGCACAAUAUACCAUUUUUAUUCUAAAUUCGCUAUGCUGCUGUUAAUUAUUCGAAUAGACUGCAAAUUAAUUAGUGAGAGAUAUGCUUAGAACAAAAAGAAAAGUGAUAUAACUCAAAAAUCCUAUUUAAUAGUUCCUUCAGUAGUGAUGCUGAUAGUGGCUAAACUCGCUCAGAGUCUGUUUUUGUUUGAGGCUGCUGAUGAGCCAUUCGCUCAUUGAGUAGAUCAACGGUGAUAAUCAUUGCUGACGUCUGCAGAAUGACUAAAACAUUUGUAGUUACCCAAUUCAGUGCCCAUAUGGCGCGACAUCUCAAAGUGAGUUUCUCGAACGAAAAAAAAACAGUAAUUUUAAUUAUACGUACUUAUAUUCCAUUUAAUUAUAUUAGUGACUUAAUUGUUUGUCUGUAAUGUUUAAAUGAUUGACGUGGUGCAGAAUUCGGUCGGUUGUUCAAUCUAAGACGGUUAUUAUAAGCGAUAUGAACAUAGAUUUCAUGCCAUGAAAACGUUUUGUGGUAACAGCACUGGUAUUAUAUGAAUGAUUCCAGUAAUUUAUUUUAAACAUAUUGUGGAGUAGAAAUGUCUUGUUCUCUUUCGAACGCUGCUAAAAUCUUCUCCCAUGUCCUAUACAAGUAUCCAUUUUUAAAUUUAUUGUAAGAAAAAAAGGCCCUUAUUUCUCAUUCCCAAUAACUUUGUGCUUCAAUCGGGAUAACUCUUUUCCUGUGCAUACAACCUCUGUUAUAUUAUGAGUAUUCUCGCGUAUUCCUACCAACUACCUAACUCCAAAACCCUUCGCGUUGAUGCUAGUUCUGCAGGCUUUUUUUAUUUCGAGUAUAGUUAAAACGGCUGCCCCACCCUUACCGAAACGCAUUACUGCUUCAAGGCACGUAAUUACCCGAUAAUCCUUUAACACAGAGCAGGUCGUGGACUUACCCGAGUCUUCGACUGAACAUCCGACUGUUUCUACGUCACAUCUUAAUAAAUAUUGACUGAAAAUUCUCGUAAUCGAUGUUCCAAUAUUUAUUUGUGAUUAUAAUAAAUCGUAUGUAAGAAAUGUUUACGUUUACCAAAAAUUAUGUAAAAAAUUAUGUACUACUCUUAAUGUUUUGUUUUGCAAAUGUGCAAAGAACGCAUGCUAUAGUUUAGUUAGAAAAUAUUUAUGUAGUUGUAAAUUUUUAUUAUACAAGUUUGUGAAGAUGACCGGAUUUGAAGUGACAACUAAAUAUUUCUAUCCUUCGACUAAAAUUAUUAAGAAAAAUUAUUCAUAAAAGUGCCGGCUUUAACUGAGAUCCCUGAACGGUAGAUGGCGCUGUUUUCUAUAAAACUUUUCUCCAUUUAAAUACAGUUGCAAUUGUAUAUGUUGCAGUUUCACUUUAUGAACUUGUUAAGUUCAAAUGCACUCGCUUGAUUUUUUACUUUAACGUAUUUAAUGAGCGAUGAUUUUUUUUUAUCUAAUUCAUAAAUUAAAAAAUGAAUGUGAUAUUUAAUUAUUAUGUUGUAAAAAAGUUUGUAAAUUGUUUAGUAAUUAAAUAAAAAUCAUGUUUCUGA